AUGGGGCUUUUCAAAACUGCGGCAUUAGAAGGACUAUAUGUAAUUGAAGAUUUUAUUACAGAAACUGAAGAACAAGAACUAAUACAAGCCAUUGAUUCAAGAAGCUGGUGUGGCAACGGGCCAUUACCAACCUUUACCGAUUUCAUCGUCAAACGAUUUAAACAACAAAAAAUAAUUGAUUUCGAAGAUGAACCGAAUAUGUGUAUCAUUAAUGAAUAUGAAGCCGGACAAGGAAUAAUGCCACAUACUGAUGCUGCGACUAUAUUUGGGCCGAUAAUUUUGAGCCUUUCAUUAUUAUCUUCGUGUUUGAUGAAGUUUACACAUUCUAAUAAUUCUGAAACACAAUUUUUAACAGUACUACCGCCAAGAUCUUUGCUAAUCAUGACAAAAUCUUCAAGAUAUGAUUACAAACAUUCCAUAUCAAAAGACAUUACAGAAUGGUUUGACGGAGGUGAAAAUGGAGAGAAGCAGGAAAUUAUUCGAAGCCGAAGAGUUAGUUUAACAUUUAGAACUGUGCGUAGUUCUGGAAUGGAUGUGGACAUAAGUAGUUGA